AAUCACUCCACAACCUCCGGGGCAGAUUUGAAUCUGAAUCCAAAAAUUAAGAUUCGUUGAAUAGUUUUUUUGGAUUCGCUGAGUUCCGUUUAAAUAAAAGUUUUGCGGCACUAGUACACCAACUAGCCUUAUUAAGACUCGCUUGUAAGGAUUUUUCUGUAAUUUUGCUGACCGAUCAUGGACAAUAGAUUGAAGACUAGAUAUUGUUUGCUGCCCUUUUUCAUCCUGAUCUCCCUCAAUGGCGGAGCGGAUGCAGAUUGCGGUUUAGCAGGCGUUUCUUGUCUCAGCGAUACCACCUACGUCUUUUGCUCCAAAGGAUUUUUUUCCAUCACCUACGGAACCAUCAAAUAUAAUUGCCCGGAUGAUACAAUUUGUGACCACAACGCUGGAUGCGUUCAUAAUUGUACGACAACUCCAAAAACAACAACUACAACAACAACGACAACAACUACAACCACUACUGAAGCCCCUACAACCACUACUAAAGCUGCUACAACCAGUCCCCCAAUUAUAGGUAAAUGCUGCCUCUCGGACUUUUCCUACAUGCAUUGCUCCUGCUUCUUGGGAAUAUACAUUAAUCACGGAUUCAUUCACUUAUGUCCUGAAGGGACUAGAUGUUGUGCCCAUCAAGACGGUGAUUUUGCUGAAUGUGUGAAUAUAACUACUACAACCUCAAAGGAAGCUACUAAAAGUCUUACUACGACUACAGUAUCAUCCUCUUCUGGUAGUACAGAUAAGAGUUCUACUGCUGUAAGUCAAAAAAUUGUUUCCGAAACUUCUCCUCCAGCUACUACCAGUCCGCCAAGCACUACUCAAAAAGCUACACCUACACCUACAAAGGCAUCUACCACGAGCUCUACUGUAACCACAGAAAAGAGUCCAACAACUACUGUUUCCGAAACUUCUCCUCCUACUACUACCAGUCCACCAAGCACUACUCAAAAAGCUACACCUACAAAGGAACCUACCACGAGCUCCACUGCAAGAUAUACAAAGAGUCCAACAACUGUUUCCGAAACUUCUCCUCCAACUACUACCAGUCCACCAAGCACUACUCAAGAAGCUACACCUACACCUACAAAGGCAUCUACCACGAGCUCUACUGUAACCACAGAAAAGAGUCCAACAACUACUGUUUCCGAAACUUCUCCUCCAACUACUACCAGUCCACCAAGCACUACUCAAAAAGCUACACCUACACCUACAAAGGCAUCUACCACGAGCUCUACUGUAACUACAGAAAAGAGUCCAACAACUACUGUUUCCGAAACUUCUUCUCCAACUACUACCAGUCCACCAAGCACUACUCAAAAAGCUACACCUACAAAGGAACCUACCACGAGCUCCACUACAAGAUAUACAAAGAGUCCAACAACUGUUUCCGAAACUUCUCCUCCAACUACUACCAGUCCACCAAGCACUACUCAAAAAACUACACCUACACCUACAAAGGAACCUACCACAACCUCUACUGCCGCAUCUACGACUACAGUAUCAUCCUCUUCUGCGACCACAGAUAAGAGCUCAACUACUGUAAGUCCAACAACUGUUUGCGAAACUUCUCCUCCAACUACUACGAGUCCUCCAACCAGUACUCAAAAAGCUACACCUCUACCUAAAAAGGAACCUACCACGAGCUCUACUACAGAAUCAUCUAUUACCGAUAUCACAGAUGACAUUUCAAUUGAUGAAGAUCCAACAACUAAUUCCGAAACUUCUCCUCCAACCAGUCCUCCAAGCAGUACUCAGACAGCCGCAUCUACAACCACGAAGAAAGAUACUACAACUUCAUCGAGUAAAACGACAACCGAAAUUUCUACUCCAACUACUAUAGAAUAUAUUGCCGCUGAUACUACUACUUGGAAGUGCGGUGUCAAUAGUAUCCGUUGCUACGACGAAAAUACUUUCGUUUAUUGUUACACCGUCAUGGGAAAAUCCUAUACUGUUGGAUUCAAUCAUACUUGUCCUGAUGGGACUACAUGUACCCAAGAUAAUAUAUUUACUUAUUGUGAAGUGUCUACUCCCUGAGUCCAUCAACUUCUCCCAGCUACAAGUCGUGAUGAACAAGCAACUACAUCUUAGACUACAAAGAAAAUCACAUACAAUUUAUAAUUGAAUAGUUAUAUUUUAAGGUUUAGUUUGGUCUUUAUGGAAGAAGUAUGUAUAAAGAAAGUUUUUAUGGAUGGAGCUUUUGAUACAAAAAUUAAAAGUUAGUUUAGAGAACUAUAAAUAGGUGAGCCAUUCAGGUGUUGGGUUAUUGUAGCAUGUUUAUUCGAGUUUAAAAUAAAAUUACCUUGGCAAUAA